GUGUGUGUGUGUGUGUGUGUGUGUGUGUGUGUGUGUGUGAACAUUAGUCCGGGCUCUGCUUUAGUAAGAAAAGAGGAAGCAGUUCCGCCCCCCAGAAAUCUGCCUGGAGGCCGAGGAGAAAAGAGCAGAAAGAAGAGAAAAGAAGGCAGCACGCGACCUAGCCCGUUCAGACCCGAGAACUAAAGCCGGAACUCGGUGCUGUUGUGGCGGGAGGACACACUGCGGCUGUCCGCUCCGGUUGUGUGUUGAAAAGCUCGUUGUAGAAAAUGAGCCUCAUGUAAAGAAGUUUGAAGCUGGUGUCUUCUGCUAACAGGAACGUUAACGGGCGGAUCUACUCGACUACUUCACUCCGGAUUGGCUCGGCUCGGCUCCGGCUCGGCUUUAGCUUGCUGGUGAACGGCGGGGACUUUGGACGGGUUUGUGAUUAGGACUAAUCCCAGUUUCGAACCAGUAUGAGUGGAGAAGCGGAACGAUUCAAACUGGUGGUGGUGGGAGGAGGAGGGGUGGGGAAGAGCGCCCUGACCAUCCAGUUCAUCCAGUCCUACUUUGUGUCGGACUACGACCCCACCAUCGAAGACUCCUACACUAAGAUCUGCACUGUGGAUGGAAAGGAGACCCGGCUGGACAUUUUGGAUACAGCAGGUCAGGAGGAGUUCGGGGCGAUGAGGGAGCAGUACAUGCGCUCAGGAGAAGGCUUCUUAUUGGUGUUCGCACUCAACGACCUGGGCAGCUACCACGAGGUCCAGAAGUUCCACACUCAGAUCCUGAGAGUGAAGGACCGAGACGACUUCCCCAUGGUGCUGGUUGGAAACAAGGCCGACCUGGAACAGCAAAGAGUGAUCUCCAGGGAGGAAGCUCAGGCGUUCACCAGAGAGCACCGGAUCCACUACAUGGAGGCCUCGGCCAAGAAUCGCUACAACGUGGAUGAAUCCUUCUUUGAGCUAGUGAAAAUCAUCAGACGAUUCCAGGAGAUAGAGAGUCCUCCUCCUCAAAGUCAUCACUCAGGGAAACAGAAGCGCGGCGGCUGUCCCUGUGUCCUCCUCUGAGCGCUGUUACCACGGAAACCAAAGCCUCGUCCCUCUUCAGCUUGUCCAAAAAGGAAUGUGUGUGUGUGUGUGUGUGUGUGUGUGUGUUCGUGCAUGUGCGCGAGCGAGAUACGAUGCAUCAUUUUCUUUUCAAAUGGUUUCAUGCACUUUUUUAAGAAGCAGUGUUCUUUGAAUGCGAGGAUCUAAUGGGAGAGGUGUGAGUCGCUGCAGAGAAACAGGAAGUGAGUUGUUGUUCUGCUGACAGUGAGUGAUGGUGACGCCACCGUACACAGCUAGUGUUCACAAACAAGAGAUAUAUCCUCACAGCAUCACGUGUGCGUCGAAACGAACCACACUGCUGUUAGAAAGGCGGCCGCACCCUGCAGGAACCGAUGAUGUCAGCAGUGACGUCAUCGCUGACUGUUAGAUUGUGUUAGGGAAAUCACACAAACUAUUAUUUCCAAGACUUUGUCUUUUGGCUCAGCUCAGCACCGUUAGGGGCCUUUGUCUUUUGUUGCCUCUGCCCCCCCCCCCAUACCGAGCGCCUGGUCAGACUUUAACAUUAUCAGAUCAGACUCUUUCUGGACAGGACGUUUACACCAGCUGGAUGAGGAAGAGUCCAGGAUAGAGAACUGGAGCCUGGCAGUGCAGUGGGCGGCAUCUUUCUCUGUGGAUGCUCUUUGUUUAGGUGACAGGUGGACUGCAUUCUGGUACUAAUGUCUUUUUUUUGUGAUUUUUACGUCAUCCGUGUCUAAACACGAGCCGUACAAAAUAAGCCUCGUUCACUUCCUCUUCCUCUAGCGCUUUCAGCGGCAUCUCACGGUCUUCAUCGGAUACUGGAAGAUGGUUCAGUUAUCAUCACGUGACCUGAGUGUGGACGCAUGUAGGAGGAGAUGGUGAGCUGUCGAAUGAUGCUCUCUUGUCUGCUGGCGUUGUGUUGCCGAUCUUCAUUCAGUCUCUUGUCACUGAUGCAGUGUUGCUCUCAGCUGUCACAUGCGAUGUCAUGAUGAUGUAAUGCACCACUCCUCUAUUCUCACCAUAGUUCCUGUCUUUAGGGUGUUCAAGCAGAGAUCUUAAAGGGAAACUUUUUUCAUUUUUUUUCAACCUGGACCCUAUUUUCCUAUGUCUUAAGUGACCGAUGUGAACAACAGUCGAAUGAAAGCUGGUCCAGUAUUAAGCGAGACCGCUGCGGUCGGCAACAGCAAAACAAGCUGCAAUGUAACCCUACAGGACAAAUGUUCAGCGUCAGUUAUUACCUUCCACUAAAAUAAAAGUUCAGUUUUUUUCCAACUGACAGGCUCAGAUUAUUAUUCUAAG